AUGGUCGCACCAGGGAUCAAGUAUCUUCUGCGAGCGUCUUUUCAUUUCGGUGUACCAUCAGCGACAACGUAUUGCCUGCUAAACUUUGUGCAAGGAAGGCAGUUCCUUCCAUUCAAUCUCCCUGGAUGGGCUGUUAUAAGCAUUGCCCUUGCUGCAAGACCCAUUAUAGCCAUUGCAUCUCGAUUCUACUGGAAGUGGGCAAACAAAAGGGCAGCGGCUGCAAAGGGAGCAGUCAUUCCUCCCUAUCUACCGGACUCUUCUUUUGCUAUCAUUUCUGAACUAGGGAAAAGCCUUCAGGAUGGGUACCCAACGGAUGUGCUUAAACGCUUCAAUGAUCAAUAUGGCAAUGUUGUCAACUUCGAUCUCAUGAAUAACUCAUUUUUGGUCACGAACGAACCGGAGCACAUUAAGGCUAUGCUUUCUACGCAGUUUGAAUCAUUUAUAAAAGGCCCUUUGGUUCUGUCACAGAUGGAAUCCUUGUUCGGAGAAGGAGUUUUCAAUUCCGAAGGAGAAAUGUGGAAAUUUCAUCGUGCAAUGACUCGUCCCUUCUUCAGUCGAGAACGCAUUAGCGAUUUUGAGAUUUAUGAUCGAAAUUGGAACAUAUCGUUGACACUGGCAAAGGAUCGUCUGGCAGAAGGGUACUCUAUUGACGUCCAGGAUCUCAUUGCACGCUUUACGCUCGAUUCUGCUUCAGAGUUUCUAUUCGGCAAGAACGUGGAGUCGCUCUCGGCAGGAUUACCGUAUCAUCAGAGUGUCUCAAAGAAAAACUCGAGCGAGUUCUUUGACCAUCCUUCUAACCAAUUCGUUAAAGCUUUCUCGUCUGGGUUGCUUCGCAUCGCAAGCCGUCUCACAAUGGGAGAAGAGUGGCCCUUGGCUGAAUUCAUGGGUGAUAAAAUAAAACCUUUCCGCGAGGUUAUGGACGAUUUUGUGGAACCCAUGAUGAAAGCCGCAUUGGCAAAGAGGGAGCAAGAUAUCUUACUGAAGAAUGGCCAAAGCGAAAAGGAGGAGUUAAAUUUACUUUCUCACCUUGUGAACCACACGCAAGACCCGAAAAUCCUGAAAGACGAGGUCAUCAAUCUCUUGAUUGCUGGACGGGACACGACCAUGUCGCUGAUUACGUUCUCGAUCUACAUGCUCUCAGAGCAUCCUGAAAUUGAGAAGCGGCUCCGUCAAGAGAUCUACGAGAAGGUUGGGCCCUUCGAGGCGCCGAAGUACGAGCAAAUGCGAGAGAUGAAGUAUAUGAGGGCUUUCUUAAACGAGGUUCUUCGAUUAUACCCUUCAGUUCCUUCUGAUAUUAGGAGGUGUGCGGCACCUGCUGUUCUUCCAGCCGCAGGACCUGGAAAAAAGCCGAUCUAUGUUCCAAAGGAUAUGAUUUGUAUAUAUGCUACUCUUAACAUGCAAAGGCGAACGGAUCUUUGGGGGCCAGACGCCCUCACCUUUGACCCUGAUCGGUUCCUCGAUGAGCGGGUACAGAAGUAUUUGGUUUCCAACCCGUUCAUAUUCUGUCCCUUCAACGCUGGACCACGCAUAUGCCUGGGGCAACAGUUUGCUUAUCACGAGUCAUCGUAUUAUCUCAUUCGUUUACUUCAGAACUUUACCGAGUUCACCCUUGAUUCGUCUGCAAAUGUACCACCUCCGGCAAAUUGGAAAAAUGAGGAAGGCAUCAAGGCGACGGAGAAGGUUUUCCCGGCGGGUGGAUUGUGGCUUCGAAUGAAGGAAAUCCAGCCCGAGAAUGUUGGAAUGUAA